AUGGGGAUUAAGAAGUUAUUUAAAAUUAAGCCUCCUGAGGAGGAAACUCCGGAGCAAAAUAGAGAUACUCUUAUGGAACUGGGCAUCUCGACCAAAAACCCCAAUAGGAAGAGGAAGGAGAAGUUUGCUGCCUACGGGCAAUUUGCUAGAGAUCGCGAACAAGAUACAGUAUACGCUCCACCAGGGUAUGAAAAUUAUGGGAGGCUUGAGGUCGAGGAAGAUCUCAACAAAUCAGCACUGGAUGGGGAAAUCGGUUCUGGCUCUAACAUUCCAAAUCAGGGUCGAACAGAUCCAUAUAGCAUUUCCUCGGGGGGCACUGAUCCAUAUGCAGUCAGUUCGAAUAACGCCUAUAGUGGCGACCCUUACGCUAAAUUUCAAAACAGGAGUACGAACAGUGAAUAUUCGCAAUGGGCUGACGGAUACGGCUCCCAAAAACCUAUUGGGGGGGACAGUUAUGGAGGGAAGACUCAGUAUAACAGCGCAUAUGACGGAUUGAACAACUAUAACAACCACGCAACUGGAAACUCAGGGAUCAGCAAUGAUUUUAGACGAAACAUUAAUUCUUACAAUGGAGAGCGCACUGCAGGCUCCAGCCAGGCAAAUCCGUACGAUGGCAGCAGGGACGAUAGAAUGUCACCGAAUCCGUAUUCCUCUAGUUAUCAGAACAUGAAUAACCGCAGCGCCUCGGGACCGGUCACAGAUUCCAGUAUUGGUGCCGCUUCUCAUGAAAAGCCAGUCCCAAAAGCAAUGGAUACGAGCGGAUCUAAUCCUUACGCUAGCCUGGGAUCCGACUCUUACGCAAGCACAAGCACCACGAAUGUUAAUCCAUAUGCAAGGAGCAAAAGCCGAAAUUUGACGAGUUCUCCAGCCACGAGGCUGGGAGCACCGCACGGUACUAACCUAAACCGAACCGCUUCUACAGCGGGAACAGUUGAUCUGAAUAGUAGCCCUUUGGAUUCAAACUCCACUAAUGCUGGGGCUGGAGCUGACGAAUUUGACUUCGAGGAAGGUUUUGGACAACUAAAGAACACGUUGGCCGCGGAGGAAUUAGAUUUGAAUGCAACUAUCAAUGAAACAGAACGCGGAGAUGAUUUGAAUGCUACCAUUGGUCGCUCAGAGUUACAACAAGCAUACCAACAGCAGCCGCAGUGGCAAAUAGAAGAGGAAGAAUAUCAAAGUCAACAAGAGCAAGGCUAUGGAGGAUUGAAUAAUGACAGAGGUUUCAAGACUUUUGAAGACGUCCAGAGGGAGGAGGAAGCCCGUCAACAGCAAGAGGAGGAUGAAGCAGUUGAUGAGAUCAAACAGGAAAUUCGUUUUACCAAACAAAGCUCGGUAGCGUCGACUCGCAAUACCCUGAAAAUGGCACAGGAUGCAGAAAUGUCAGGGAUGAACACAUUAGGUAUGCUAGGGCAUCAGAGUGAGAAGCUAAACAGCAUUGAAAGAAAUCUCGACCUGAUGAAGGUGCAAAACAAAAUAGCGGAUGACAAGGUUGCUGAGCUAAAGAAGCUGAAUCGUAGCAUUCUGGCGGUGCACGUUUCAAACCCUUUCAACUCACGGAGAAGACAGAGGGAACGUGAAGAGAAGAUCAAGGGUCGUAAAAUCGAAGAAAAAAUGAUGCAGGAGCAUACGAGCCAACAACUAUCGAACUCGACACAACGUAUCGAGGGCGCGCUAAGGGGCAAUGAUGAGAUCAACACCGUGCGGGAGAAAUAUCAAAAACAGCAGAUUCUAACUCGUGCCAAGAAGUAUCAGUUUGAGAACGACGAAGAGGACGACAUGAUGGAAGUCGAGAUAGACAAGAACUUGGAUCAAAUUCAACAGGUCAGCGGCCGCCUGAAGAAGCUAGCCAUCGCAACAGGUGAGGAAUUGGAUUCCCAGCAGCGUCGUGUCAAGAACAUCGAGGAUAGCACAGACGAUCUGGACAUAAGGAUUCAUCUCAACACAACAAGGUUAGCAGGAAUAAGAUAG